AUGGCCCGGCAGCUCAUCCGGAUCAUGCGCCCGGAUGACGCCAAUGUCGCGGGGAAUGUCCACGGGGGAACCAUCCUGAAGAUGAUCGAGGAGGCGGGAGCCAUCAUCAGCACCCGCCACUGCAACUCCCAGGCCGGGGGGAGUAGGGGCUCUGGCUCAGAGCCCUGCGUGGCCGCGCUGGCGCGGGUGGAGCGGACGGAUUUCCUCUCCCCGGUGUGCAUCGGUGAGGUGGCCAACGUCAGUGCCGAGAUCACCUACACCUCCCGGCACUCCGUGGAGGUCCAGGUCAACGUCAUGUCCGAAAACAUUUUAACAGGGGCGAAGAAGGUGACGAACAAGGCAACGCUAUGGUACGUGCCGCUGUCCCUGAAGAACGUCAACAAGGUCCUUGAGGUUCCCCCCAUCCAGUACGCGAGAAAGGAGCAGGAGGACGAAGGGAAGAAGCGUUACGAAGAGCAAAAGCUGGAUCGGCUGGAAACUAAGCAGAGAAAUGGCGACGUGAUCUUCCCUGUCAUCAACCCAGAGCCACACACUGUUGGCUACAGCCAGUCCAGCCUGAUCCACCUGGUGGGACCGUCGGACUGCACGCUGCUGGGCUUUGUGCAUGGAGGUGUCACCAUGAAGCUCAUGGACGAGGUCGCCGGGAUUGUGGCCGCCCGCCACUGCAAGACCAACAUCGUCACCGCCUCAGUGGAUGCUAUCAACUUCCACGAGAAGAUCAAAAAAGGCAGCGUCAUCACCAUUUCAGGGCGCAUGACCUUCACGAGCAAUAAAUCCAUGGAAAUCGAAGUCUUUGUGGAUGCCGACCCAUUCGUGGAUGAGCCUCGGGAGCGGUACCGUGCUGUCAGCGCCUUCUUCACCUAUGUCUCCCUGAGCAAGGAGGGGAAGCCCCUGCCUGUCCCACAGCUGCUGACGGAGACAGAGGAUGAGAAGCGGCGCUUUGAGGAAGGGAAGGGCAGGUACCUCCAGACGAAAGCCAAGCGGCAGGCGCAGAUGCAGCAGGCUGUCCAGCAGUGA